AUGUCUUCAUUUUCAGUCAUUAUUUUUGUAUUAAUUUAUAUUUUGUUUCAAAGCCCGCCUUUUUCAUUCCUCUCAAUACCAGCUCACAAAGGUCUCUUCGUACGCACGCGUUGUCGGGCUUUCUUUGACAAUCAAUUUACCUUCUUUUUUUUUUUUGUCAUUUCUCGUGUUUUUCUUUUCUUCUUUUUCUUUUCUUCUUUUUUUUAUUCCUUGCUGUUCACUUUUUCUUUUCAAAUUUACACUUUAUUCUUUCUACGGAUUUUCUUUCUUUUAUUCUAUGCUUUCUUACUUUCUUUCUCGUCUUUAAAUUUCUUUCUUCGCAUUAAUUUUUAUGGAGAAAAACGAUUCACAUUCUUUUCUAUUUUCUGUUCUUUUAUUCUUUUAUACUUUGUUACUUCGACGGUUUUCCUAUUUUUUCUUUCUUUCUUUCUUUCUUUCUUUCUUUCUUUCUUUCUUUCUUUCUUUCUUAAAAUGUCUUUCCGCUCAUUAUUUUUGUUGAGAAAACCAGUUUUGGACUCCUUGGUCAUACCCCCUACGACUCAUAUGCCUCUCAUGUAUCCAUCUAUACUAAUCCAUAUGGGCUGGUGUAGUGAAUGUACAGGCAUCUCCCGUUACUCUCUCCGCGUAAUGUGUCUUUUAACCCUUUAG